AUGUAUAACAAACGCUGGUAUUUAUACAGACAUAACCAUGUGCUAUCAUUUAACUUAAUUCUGUUUGCGCUGGUGGACUCGCCAAGUUGGAUGUGGAGUCUAUUCAUUCGGGCGCACAAAAAGGACCUCGAGUUCAGUGAUCUCUACCGCUGCCCAAAAUCAGAUGAGACACAUCGGGUCCGACACAAGUUGCAAAUCGAAUGGGAUAAACAAUUGAAAAAUAAAGGAAAUCCAUCACUAUUUUGGGCACUCUUCGCAUCGUUCGGACCCGAACUCAUUAUCCUCUAUAUCCCCGAAGCAAUCAGAGAAUUGGGAGCAAAUAUGCUUCAACCAUAUUGUAUUGUUUAUUUGGUGAGAUAUUUCAACGAUGACCCCAACACUAGCCAGUGGUGGGCCAUAUGGGCGGCCGUGGUUUCGUGUAACAGAGUUGGUGUCAGAAUCCGUGCCGCCUGUUGUGCCCUAAUCUACAGCAAAUCCAUGCGUUUAAGUUACUCAUCACUUGGACAGACAACUGUUGGCCAGAUAUUGAACAUUAUGUCCAACGAUGUCAACAGAUUUGAUGAUGCGGCGAUAGUGUUAUACCUAUUGUGGCCACAUUUGCGGUGGGCGUGUUUGACGGGAAUAGGAAUACUUGUGUUGUUUAUACCAUUUCAAGUACUAAUGGGUCGUAUGUUUCGGAGUAUACGUCAAAAGACGGCUAAAUUAACUGACAGUCGAAUCCGUUUAAUGCAAGAGAUUAUCGCCGGAAUGCGU